AUGGCCCUUAAUACGGGCACCCUCGAUGCAACGCGUGUUACGAUCCCUGGUUCUGUCGCGCAGAUAAUAGACUAUCUAAAAUAUGCGAUCAACGGAAUCUUGUUUCAUCGUGGCGUGUAUCCUUCUGAAGACUUCCUGGUUGAGAAGCGUUUUGGCCUAAAUCUUCUGUUGACUGUGAACGACUCAGUAGAAGACUACAUUGAGUCCACUCUCAUUCGAUUGAAAGAAUGGAUUUCUCAGGGGCGUGUAUCUCAUGUUGUUGUAGUGCUAAUAGAUGAGGACGAUGGGCAUACUAUCGAGAGAUGGGUAUUCGAUAUAUCUGUCAGAGUGGUCGCUACAACGUUAUCGGAGAAUGAUUUAAUUCGGGAAAUGAAUGCUGUCAUGAAAGAUAUCAUUACUCCCACCUUUCUGCCUAGUAUUGAAACACCUAUGGUGUUCAAUAUCUUGACCUACGCCAAAGACGAUGUAGACAUUCCAGAUGGUUGGGAAGCUACUCACCCACAUUCCGUGAUUGAUGGAGAACACGACACCCUGAAAGCAUUCAAUUCUUUGCAUCACACUCUGGGCUUAUCUGUUGUCUACAGAGAUGAAGAACAAUGAUUAACUAUUGGAUUAUCUACAUUCAUGCGCAUUGUGAAGAUUACAUGUAUGCAAGCUAAGGUAUUCUCCAUUGUCGAUCUGCAACGAUGGAUAUGGUGUGCUGAGACAAGGAGACCGCCCCCGGGUCAAACACCGAGCAGGUGUUUGCAGUAUUCCCACGAAGCAAAGCUCACGGCUGUCAUUGGGAUAAUUUUGAGAUACCCGAUGCUAAGUCCGACGAAAAAUCCUCUCCAUCCCGAACGUUUCCAGACUGCACGCACAGUUUCGCCAAACCCUUGCCAGGCGCCAGGACGCAUCAAGCCGCCAACUUGCAUUCGUCUCCUAACGACCUCAAAGGGGUAAGAUACAGUCUGUGCAACUGCUCCCGCAACGGCG